GCUCUUUCCUCACACAGGAAAGCCCGCAGUCAGAGGACAAAACCCGAUGAGGUGAGAUGAGUGGUAGCCAUGCAGAUGUUCUUUGCAACACCUUCCCUUAGGCAGCGCAGGAGAAACAUGGCAACCCCCUGUCACUGUUUGCCCAAGCUGACCUGCCCCCUUCUGCUCAGUUGAGGCCAUCCUUCAUCCAGUGCAGAGAGACUACCAUCAACGUCUGCACAACCCAAAAUGUCCUCCCACAAGCGCAACUUCCAGUGCUUCAAUGCCGUAGGUGGUGAUGGCUCCCACAAGCAUCACACCAGCAGGCUCCCCAGGAUCCCCCAGCAUGGCAUGGUGGCCCAUCAUGAACCUCUGGAGGAAUGCUAUCUUUGCUCUGAGUAUAGACACACCCAGGCCCUGGAAGCAUUAGAGACUCAGGUUUCACCUUUGUAUCAUACUCAUACACCCUAUCACCACCAUCAUCAUCCACACCAGUAUGUUCUCCGGAGGCCGAUCAUGCCCAAGGAGCCACCUGUGGCACAUUCUGGCCACGGGCGCCACAUCCAUCAUCACAGGACCAACAAGAUGGUGGUGCUGGUGAAGAACAGUGACCCCUCGUACAAGAAGACCAUCGUCUUGCACAGCAGGAGCAUACGCAGUUUCGGGCUUUUCUUAGAGGAAGUUUCUGAGCUCAUGCAGUACCACAUCAGGAAGUUGUACACUCUGGAAGGCCGCAAGAUCGACAGUGUUCAGAGUCUCGUGCAGUGCCCCAGUGUUCUUAUUUGUGUGGGACGUGAGCCCUCUCACCCUUCCAUCGCGGAGAAUCUUCGGAAAACAUCUGAUGACAAACUUCCAAAGCUGAAUGUGAAGGCACGCUCCACUGGCUGCACUGAAGGACAUGAAGGACUUUCUACUGAGAAAAGUGUCACCCAUCCACAGCUGGAAUCUGGCGACAGAUCCACCAGGCAAUCAGUGUCCUCUGACAAGUCAUUGUUAGAUGCAAACAACUCACCAGACCAUGUUGAUUCCCGCCCACCCACUGUUGAUGGAUUGAUGAAUGAUGAUAUAGAGAAACGGGUCCGGGUUAAUAAAGAUGGCAGUUUGUCCAUGGAAAUGAAAGUGCGCUUUCGGCUACAAAAUGAUGAAACAUUACAUUGGUCAACAGAAGUAAGAAAGACCACAGACAGGACCAGUGAGUACCUCCAAGGACACAGUAAUCCCUAUUUUACACAGGUUAGUGAAAGAAACUAUUCAGAAUCUGAAAACAUCUCUGCUGGUGACUCAGAUGAGGCUUACCUCACUAGGCACUAUCAAAGACAUACAGAGGAGCCUCAUUGUCCUCAUUGCUGCAGUCACUGCCAGGAGUAUGACAUCUGGAAAAACGUCCCAGGGACACAAGGAGCAAGUCGCUGCAUUCGAACUUCCAGCUCAAGUUCAUCCUCACACACAAUGGUCUCUAGAAAGACAAUGGUCGAAAGUAGGCAAACUGUGGCUAGAUCAGGUGGAAAUUAUACAGAACAAGUUGUAGAGACAGAAACUUGUGUGGAGCAGACUGUUGAGGCAGCUGAAACUGUAGAAUACUGCACCAUCAGGAGUGAGACUUGCUCACCAAAGUGCAAGGUGCACUCCUUCCCAUUGGACAACUGUGAAGCUGUUGACAGCUCCCCAAAUGAUCAGGUCGAAACUGCGCAAACGUCAGAGCAAGAAGAACAAACAGGAUCUCCUCCUAACACUUCCUCUCCAAUAUUAACAGAACAUGAAGAGGAUCAAAAUGAUGAUGAACUGGAUAAACUAGAAGACGAGUUGGAUACCGGAUCACCUGGGCCAAGCAUGACAGAUAGAGCAUCCAAUGCUUCAAGGCACUCUAGCAAGUUGGGGAAACCGAAAAAUUCAUACACUUGUCAUUGUGGAGUAUCUGAUGACCCUGAGGAUGAUACAAAAGGACAAACUGAAGAGGCGGGUGUGAUAAAAAGAGAACAAUCAAGUGCCAUGUCUGUCAAAUCAUACGCCUCGGUCAAGUCAGAUAAGUCUGAAGAAAUAGAGAAUGCAGAGAAGAGCCCUGAGUGCUCCGAUGAAGAAAAUGAUCAGGAACAAACUGAAGAAAGAGCAUCAAGCCGCCUGUCAGCCAAAUCAGUCCAGUCACAUGUUUCUGAAAUAUCUAUUAAGUCUGCAGAGAGAGCACCUAGUGCCUUGUCAACUAAAUCAGCAAAGUCACGUGCUUCUACAAAAUCUACCAAAUCAAAGGCCUCUGAAGUUCAUUCUAGCAAAACUACUGGCAUCCCUGAUGAAGGAGAUGGUGAUGAGGAAACUCAAGAGAGAGCACAGAGUGCAAUGUCGUCAAAAACUGCAAAGUCAGCUAUUUCUGUAAAAUCUACAAAGUCAAAAGGACAAGAUGGUCCAGCUGACGAAAAUACUUCAGAUCAUGAGGAACAUGUAGAAAGAACCCCAAGCAAUAUGUCUGUCAGAUCAGAAAAGUCAGCAAAGUCAAAUGUUUCAGUCAUGUCCAAGAAAACAAAAGCUUCUGACAUUCCUUCUGAUCACAUUGAUGAUACUCUUGAAAAAGAAAAUGAAGAGGAACACAAUGAAAGUAGAUCAGUAAGUUCAAUGUCAGUCCAUUCAGUCAAGUCAAAUGUUUCUGCAAGAUCAAGAAGGUCAAAAUGUUCAGCUGAUGUUCCAGUUGAAGAAAGCAUCGCCAGACCUAACUCACAUGCUUCUACAGAUGCAUCCUUCCUUCCUUCUGAUACUGAUAGUCCUAAGGGAAGAAACGAUGAGGAAGAAACUUCAGACAGAGCAGAGAGUGCAAUGUCUGCCAAAUCUGCAAAGUCAGUCAUUUCUUCAAAAUCAAAUAAGUCAAAAGUCUUUGAUGCCACAAAAGAAGAAAAUGCUUCUGGUUCUGAUCAUGAGGAAAGAGCUGCAAGCAAUAUGUCAAUCAGAUCAGCAAAAUCAGCAAAGUCAAAUGUUUCUGAAAAAUCUAAGAAAUCAAAAGCCUCUCAAAUACCUUCUGAUCACAGUACUGAAAUUGCUGAGACAGAGAAUGAAGGGGGAGUGAGCUCAAUGAGUGCAGAUGAAGAAGAAGACAAAGACCAAACUGAAGAAAGAGCAGCAAGCUGCAUUUCAGUCAGAUCAGUUCAGUCACAUGUUUCUGAAAAAUCUACUAAGUCACAAGCUUCUGGUAUUGCAGAUGAUGUGGCUGAACAUGAUAAAACUACAGAGAGAGCCCCUAGUGCAUUGUCAGCUAAAUCAGCAAAGUCACAUGCUUCAGUAAGAUCUGUUACAUCAAAUACUUCUGAAGUUUGUUCUGGAAAAACUACUGGCAUUCCUCAUGAAGGAGAUGAUGGAGAGGAAACAAAAGAGAGAUCACAGAGUGCAAUGUCAGCCAAAUCAACAAAGUCAGCCAUGUCUAAGAAAUCAAGCAAAUCAAAAGUCUCUGAUGUCCCAGCCAAAGAAAAUGUUGCAGAACAUGAUGAAACUGUUGAGAGAGCAGCUAGUGCUAUGUCGGACAGAUCUGCAAGAUCAAAUGCCUCAGCAGUAUCUCAGAAAUCAAAAGGUACAGUUCCGGGUGAAGGAGGUGCUGAGGAGGAAAACAAAGAGAGAGCACCAAGUUGCAUGUCAGCUAAAUCAGUCAAAUCAAAUGUCACAGAAAAAUCUGUGACUUCUAAAGAAAAUACUGCAAUUGCUGAAGGAACUGGAGAGCGAGCACCAAGUGCAAUGUCAACCGAGUCAAAUGCUGAAGAAGAAACUGAGGAGAGAUCAAAUAUGUCUAUAUCAUCGAGGAGUACAACAGCAUGUGAAGCUCCUUCAGAAGAAAACCCUGCAAAUGAUGAGGAAACUGAGCAGAGACCACCAAGCACCUUGUCGGCUAAAUCAGCCAGAUCUGCCAAAUCAACACAUUCACAUAUUUCUGCAAAAUCUAGUAAGUCAAAGGCCUCUAAUACUCCAGGUGAAGAAAAUCGUGAGGAGCAUUUGGAGAGAGCACCAAGCAGUGCAAGCAUCAAAUCAGCGAAAUCAGGAAAGUCCAAUGCUUCAGCAGUAUCAAAGAAAUCAAAAGUGUCUGAGGUUCCUGCUGAAGAUGAUGUUAACAUCACUGAUGAAAACACUGAGGAAGACACUGAGAAGAGAUCAAUUAGUUCAAUGUCUGCCAAAACUACUGAAAUUUCAACUGAAGAAAACGUGGCAGUUUGUGAGGAAACUGAAGAGAGAGCACCAAGUGCUUUGACAAAUAAAUCAUCAAAGUCAGGUGUAUCUCUAAGAUCAAGGAAAUCAAAAAAAUCUGAAAAGACAGCUGAAACCCAUGCUGAAGAGGUAAAUGAAACAGAGAGGACACCAAGUGUUUUGUCAGUAAAAUCAAAUGUUUCUGCAAGAACCAUGAAGUCAAACACGUCUGAAAUUACGUCUAGUGAAAAGACUGGACAUGAUGAAGAAACUAAUGAAAGAACACAUAGUCCCACCAUGUCAACCAAAUCAGCAAAAUCGACUAAUUUGGCAACUGAAAUUCCUACAAUAGAAAGUUCUGACUCUCCCAAUGAAGGAAAUGCUCAAGCGAAGUCUGAGAGAGCACCAAGUGCCAUGUCAGCAAAGUCAAAUAUUUCAGUGAGAUCAAGAAAAUCUAAAGUCUCUGAUGUUACUACUCAUGAAAAGGAGGAAAGAACAGUAAGCCCUGUGUCAGCUAAAUCAAAUCAAUCCGAAAUGUUAAGCAGGUCUGAAGUUCCUGCUGUGACAGUGGAGGAAACUGAAGACAGAGCCCCCACAGCCAUGUCAUCGAAGUCCAAGGUGUCAACACGUUCAAAGAAGUCAACAUCAUCUGAGGUCAAAGGAAAGAAAAGUGAGGGGCGACCACAGAGUUCUUUAUCUGUCAAGUCGAAUCUGUCCGUGAAAUCUCGAAAAUCCAAAGCAACUGAUAUUUUAACUGAUGAAGAUGUGGGAAAUAAAGAGCUGAAGACGUCCACAGCCGCUGAUGUUCCUGUAGAGGAGAAGAUCAGUGUUUCUUCAGUAAAUGCAGGGGAAGCUGUGAGCCCUGAAGACAGUAAACCCACAUCUAGUUCGCAAAAGGAGGAUGAAAAACAAGAUACAGUUGAUAAGAAGAGUGUUCACUCGAAGACAAGCAAGUCAAGCAGGAAAACUGCAAAAAAUACAGCUGCAGAGGUUCUUGACAAACCGAAGUCUGUUGUGAAUUCUGCUGCGUCAGACACCCGUCAGAGUGCACAACAACCAAAAGGAAAUAAACAUAAUGUGCUUUCUCAUGCAGAGUCAGAGGAAAGUGAUUCGUCACAAUCUCUGUCCAGUUCAGAUAUUGGCAACGAAAUUUGUGAGACUCCAGCCACGGGAGAAUCAAAAUCCAAUGUGUCUAAGAGGAUUAUAAAUGGUCAACUGGAAGCUACAGACGCUGGCAGGAGUGUCACUGAUAACAAAAGUGACAAAAGCAGCAGACACAAGAGCACAGAUGCUGAUGACUUCAAGCUGGUCCCGUCUAGCCUACCAAAUACAUCCCCUACUGAGGUAAUAAAUGAAUGGCUGAAAAAAAUACCAGCUGAUGGUGACACGUAUGACGUGGAAGAUUUGAAUGAAAACAAUGAUGGACAAAAAACUGACCAGACAAAGGAGGAAAUGACUAAAGUGGAAGAUAAUGAAAACAAUGAGGACUCUGCAGUUGAGAAUACAAAAGACCCAAAUGAAGGAGUUGUGAUGAACAGUGUCCCUAAUGAUGAAUGUCAAACAACCACGGAGGAACCAAAUGCAGAUAAUACCAGUACUCGGAGAGAUGAUGCCUCUAAAAUAUUUCACUCCUCCGUACAGGUGAUGAAAGUACUUUUAAAUCCAAAGCUUGACAGAUGUAACAGUUUACCAGAGAUUUCUCCAGUGUAUGGACGUAAACUAAGCACUUCAGCUAGAGGCCUUUUGGAUUGCCUUGUGAAGUUGCAGCUAAUAGACCAUGAUCCUAAAAAUGCAAACGAAAAUGAUGAAAGAUACCAAGAGCUAAUGAAUAUUCUUCAGUCUCUUUGGCUUUGCGAUCCUCUAGAAAAUGAACAUGUGCUAAAGAAGGACGAUCGCCAUUAUGUGGAUGAUGAAUUCAAUCAUACGUCAUCCUCUGGUGUGGAUGUCAACAGUGGCUCCACAGGCUCGGGGAAGAGUAGUGAUGGUGUGAAUGGUGAUGUGUUGCAACCUCAUAUGACUGCAAAUACAUUAAGCAAAGUACCAGAAGUUCAUGAAGGUGAAGCAGAAGCAGGUAAUCAAUGGACAUGUGAGGCAGAAGUAGGAGUAAUGGAUGAAGAGAAACAAAAGGAAGAUGAUCCAGCAACAGAUGACACCAUUAGAAGUAGUGAUAGUCCAAGAGAACUACCUGAAACACCACCAUCCUCAGGAUCAGGAAAUGACAGUAGUGGCCAAAAGCUUCCAGAGGAAACAGAAUCUCAAGAGGACACCAGUUCAGAGGGUACAGUACAGUUAACUAAAAUUAUUUCUCAAGAAUCUGAUCCUGUUUGGAUCUUAACUUUAUUAAGCAAAAUAGAAAAGCAGUUCAUGAAACAUUAUAUCAAUGCAAUGAAAGAGUUUAAAGUUCGUUGGAACUUGGAUGAUAAUGAGCAGCUUGACAUGAUGAUAAAUGAACUUAAAAAUGAGGUCCAAAAAAAGAUCCAAACAAGUAUAGACAGAGAACUGAGGAAAAUUAAAGUGCACGCAGGGCUACCAAGACCUCCUAAAGAAGCAAUGUCUCGUGCUUCAACAGCACAAACAGAAGAGAGAAGACGGAGGCUGAAGGUCAUGUUCGAACAGUCUGCCGAUCCAAAAGCAGAAAAAAGUGAUGAAUCAGUGACAAGCACAUCUUACAGUGACCAGCGCAGUGAAAACGAUGAUGACUACUGUCCAUGUGAAACAUGCAUUCAGAAAAAAGUUACAUUUAGGCCUCCACUUCCUGCAGAAACUAUGAAAACCACACCCCUUUUCAUGGACUUUGACCUAAAGAGGAUUCUAGUAAUGAAGAAUGAUGAUCCUGGCAAUACACAGGCAAUCAAGUGUAUAUCUCACUCCAUAAAUGAGACUGAAUCAAUAGCAGCAAAAACAAUUGUAGAAAAAAUUAUUGAUGAAGCAGUGAGAAAAGUGGAAGGGGAUGAAAUCCACCAUGAGUCUGAAGAUGAUUCUGCAGUUGCAGUAGAGGAAAAGGAAGCAGUUGAUGAUCAAGAUGAAGAUCAAGAAGAUGAGUCUGAAAACAUUGAAGUAGAAGAAUACAUCACUGCUAAACAAUACCUAGAACUGGCUGUUGCUGAAGAAAGAGUAAAAGAUGAAGAUGCUGUUGAAGAUAAUAGUGAGAAACUGAGCAAAACUGAAGAUGAAAAGACAGAAAAUGAGAGUGCAGACAUAGGCCCGAUUGAAGAUGAAUCCAUGGUAGAGUAUGCAGGCACAGCUAGAGAUAAAUUAGACGAAGAGGCUGCUGAAGCCACCACAGCUGAGGAUGAAAAUGUGGCAGAAGAGACUGUUGUGGUUACGUCAACUGAACACCAAUCUGUCAAAGAGGAAGAAGCAGAAACGGAAGAUGAGAUUGCUGUAGAAGCAGAGAUUGCUGUAACAUGUGAAGCUGAGUUGAAGAAAGAGACUGUUGAUGCCAUCCCUGCUGAAGAUGAAGAUGCAGCAGAAGAGGCUGAUGUGGCAGCCAUAACUGAAGAUGAAUCAGACAAGGAAGUGGCUGUGGAAGAAGAGAUAGUCAAUGAUGAAGAAGAGAUUCCUGCCACCAGUGGAGAUGAUUCUGCAGAUGAGAAUGAUGACAAAGCCACAGCUGAUGAAUUGUCAAAAGAUCCAGCUGAAGAAGCAACAACUGAAGAUGAGAUGGCUAUAGAAAAAGAGAUUGCUGUCACAAGUGAAGAUGAACAUAAGGAAGAGGUUGCAGAGGCUACCACAGCUGAAGAUGAAAAUGUAGCAGAAGAGACUGCUGUGGUUACGUCAGCUGAACACCAAUCUGACAGAGAGGAACAGGCAGAAAGUGAAGAUGAGAUUGCUGUAGAAGGAGAGAUUGCUGUAGAAAGUGAAGAUGAAUUGAAGAAAGAGACUGCUGAUGCCACCUCUGCUGAAGAUGAAGAUGCAGCAGAAGAGGCUGAUGUGGCAGCCAUAACUGAAGAUGAAUCCGACAAGGAAGUGGCUUUGGAAGAAGAGAUCGUCAAUGAUGAAGAAGAGAUUCCUGCCACCAGUGGAGAUGAUUCUGCAGAUGAGAAUGAUGACACAGCCACAGUCGAUGAAUCGUCAAAAGAUCCAGCUGAAGAAGCAACUGAAGAUGAGAUGGCUGUAGAAAAAGAGAUUGCUGUUACAAGUGAAGAUGAACUUAAGGAAGAGGCUGCAGAAGCUACCACAGCUGAAGAUGAAAAUGCAGCAGAAGAGUCUGCUGUGACAGCCACAAGUGAACAUGAAUCUGACAAAGAUGAGGCUUUGGAAGAAGAGACAGCCGACGAUGAAGAAGAGAUUCCUGCCACCAGUGGAGAUGAUUCUGCAGAUGAGAAUGAUGACAAAGCCACAGCUGAUGAAUUGUCAAAAGAUCCAGCUGAAGAAGCAACAACUGAAGAUGAGAUGGCUAUAGAAAAAGAGAUUGCUGUCACAAGUGAAGAUGAAUCAAAGGACGAGACCGCUGAAGAUGAAAUUGCGGCUGCCACAACUGAACUUGAAUCUGACAAAGACGAGGCUACGGAAGCAGGGACAGUUGAUGAUGCGGAAGAGAUUGUUGCAACCAGUGACUAUGAACUGAAGGAAGAGACUGCUGAAGCUACCACAGCUGAAGAUGAAGAUGCAGUAGAAGAGGCUGAUGUGACAUCCAUAAGUAAACAUGAGUCUGAGGAGGUUGAGGAGGGAGGGAUAUGUGAUGAAGAAGAGCUUGCUUCCACCAGUGCAGGUGAUUCUGCAGAUGAGAACGAUGACACAGCCACGGCUGAUGAAUCGUCAAAGGAAGCAGCUGGGGUAGCAACAACUGAAGAUGAGAUGGCUGCAGAAGAAGAGACUGGUGUCACAAGUGAAGAUGAACUUAAACAAGAGGCUGCAGAAGCUACCAUAGCUGAAGAAGAAGAAGAGACCACUAUGGCAGCCACCAGUGAACAUGAAUCUGACAAAGAUGAGGCUGUGGGAGAAGAGACGCUCGACGACGAAGAAGAGAUUUCUGCCACCAGUGGAGAUGAGAAUGAUGAGUCAGCCACAGCUGAUGAAUCGUCAAAAGAUCCAGCUGAAGAGGCAACAACUGAAGAUGAGACUGCUGUAGAAAAAGCUGAAGAUGAAAUUGCAGCAGAAGAGACUGAUGUAGCAGCCACAACUGAAAAUGAAUCUGAACAUGAAUCUGACAAAGAUGAAGCUGUGGAAGCGGGGACAGUGAAUGAUGAAGAAGAGAUUCCUGCCACCAGUGCAGAUGAGACUGCAGAUGAGAACGAUGACACAACCACAGCUGAUGAAUCAUUAAAAGAACCAUCUGGGGUAGCAACGACUGAAGAUGAGAUGGCUGGAGAAGAAGAAACUGCUGAAGAUGAAAUAGCCGCAGAAGAGACUGCCGUUGUUGAGGAUGGAGAGGAGACUGCUGCCACCGGUGAAGAUGAUUCUGCAGAAGAUUUAGACGCCACCACAAAUGAUGAUGAAACUGCAGAGGAGAAUGAUGCCACAGGUGACGAAAUGUCAUCUGAAGUAGCAACAUGUGAAGAUGAAGCAAAGGAGGAGUCUGCCGAAGUCACCAAAGCUGAAGAGUCUGAUAUGGCAGGCGCAACUGAAGACGAAUCUGACAAAGAUGAGGCUGUGGAUGCAGGGAUGGAUGACAAUGGAGAAGAGACAGCUGCCACUAAUGAUGAAGAUGAAACUGAAGAAAAUAAUGAAGCAGGAGAAGCUGAAGAUGAAAAUACUCUAGAAGAAGAUGCCACAAAUGAAGAUGAAGCUGAAGAUAACGACACAGCAGAAGAGGCUGAUGAGGCAGCUACGACUGAACAUGAAACUGACAAAGAUGCAGCUGUGGAAGAAGAGAUUCCGGCCACAAGUGCAGAUGAGUCUGCGUCAGAUGGGGAGGAAACAGCUGAAAAAGUAACAACUGAAGAUGAGACUGCCGAAGAAAAAGAGAUAGGUGCCACAAGUGAAGACGAACUGAAGGAAGAGGCAGCUGACGCCACCACAGCUGAAGAUGAAAAUGCAGCAGACACAACUGAACGCGAAUCUGACAAAGAAGAGGUUGUGGAAGCAGGGAUGGUUGAAGACGUGGAGGAGACUGCUGCCAGCAAUGACAGUGAUUCUGCAGAGAAUACAGAUGAUGAUGGAACUGCAGAGGAGAAUGAUAACACAGCCAAAGCUGAAGAACUUUCAAAAGAGCCAGCUGAAGCAGAAACAACUGAAGAUGAAGGUGCUGUAGAAAAAGAGACCACACACACCACAGAUGAGGAUGACACCAAGGAAGAGACUGAGACAGCCACAGAAAAAGAAAAUUCAGGUGGAGAGGAAAUUGAUAAAGCUGAUAAUGAAUCCAAUGAAGAGGAAAUGGAAGAAACCACAGAUGGAGAAGAAUGUGUUGAAGCUGCUUCUGAAUCUGUGCAAGAGGAAAGCGCCAAAGCUGUGUCUGAAAAUGAAUCAGAGGGAGAGAGCAACGAAUCAGACGCAGAUGAAAGUGCAUCAGUUAACGAUGCAACAACAGAUGCAAAUGAGACGGAAGCAGGAGAGGAUACUGCAACAGCUAUAAAUGAAAAUGAACCAGGAGAAGAACACUCAGAAGCCAAGCCUGAAAAUGAGACUUUAGAUGAAACGGCAGGGGAAGAUGAGGCUGCAGAAGAGAAUAAAACGGCUACAGAUGAAAAUGAGGAAGUAUCGACAGUUGAGGUUCAUGAGACAGAAUCAUCAGAAAAAAUUGCAGGCUGUAUUGCUGAUGAAGAUGCCAUUGAAGAAGAAGAAAAAGGUGAAGAAGAUGAUAAUAAAUCACACAACGAGGAACUAGAGGAAGGUCAAACAACUGGAGAGGAAUCAGAGGAGGCUGAAAAUGAGGAGGAAUCUGCUGAAAAAGAAAGUCCAAGCGAGUCUGGGGCAACAGAUGAAGAUUGCACAGAGACUGCAACAACAGGAGAGGAAUUUGAAGAACGUGAAACAGCAGCAGAAGAAUCAGGAGAGUACAUGGCAGGGAGUGAGAUCACUGGGAGUGAGAUUACCGCAAGUGACGGAGAAGAAGCUGGAGCAGAAGGUGUAUCUGCAGGAGAUGAGGAAAAAGAAACAUGCAAAGAAAGUGACAUGACUGAAGAGCAUCAAGAAGACGCUUUAACAGAGACUAAUGAUGAAACAGAAGGAACUGAUGAUGUGGUGGAGCUGAAGGCAGAUAAUGAUGAUGAUGUGGAGGACAUAUCAGAAAGCAAUGUGCGUGAAGAAGAUAAACCAGAAGAAGAUGUAGAUGAAGAUAAUGAAGAACAAACAGAGACCAACGUAACACAAUGUGAAUGUAUCAACAUUCCAAGUGAAAGCCAAGAUAAUGAUGAGAACGAUGUUGAAGCAUCCGAAAAAGAGGGGGAAGAAACUGAGAUAUCCAAUAAAGGAUGGAGUGGAAACCAGGGAGAAUCAGCUGAUGGAGAAGAUGAGGCAGAGGAAGAUUCAGAUGAAGCAGAGGAAGAAACUGAUGAUGGAGAGCAAGAUUUUGUUCCCAGCAAAGCAGAUAAUGAAGACGCACCUAACAGUGUAGCCAAAGAAACAACAUUAAUCCCAAUUGAUACUUUGAUGAAAGUGUGUGCAGAAUCUGAGGAUGGCGCUUAUGCUGAUGUUGAAGAUUCUGAGACUGAAACAAGCAGCCAUGAAAAAGUUACAAAGCUUGAGUCAGAGAGUUAGGGAAAUUGAAAAAAAAACUGUGACUCUGCCAAUGCUCAGGAGAACAAGUGAUAGAGGACGAGAUAAAGGAAGAAAGAAGAGGAGUUUGUAGUAGGUAAAUGACAAGAAGACACCAACAAGCGGUUAGCAGUCUGAAGUCACAAAGUCAGGUCUUCAAGUGGAAACCUAACAAGGACUGUAAGAUGAAGCAAGCAAAAAGAUUGAUCCAGAUUUUUCUAAUUUAUAACUCACUGUUAAUAGUUCUUGUUUAACAAGCACUAAAUAAUACAUGCACUUUGCUCCGGCAUUUCUAAUGCGGACACUGAACACAAGCACAAAUAGUGCUCAUUCAUUUAUGUGAAAGAGGAAUCAUGAAAACUUGAAAAUAUAUAUGUACUGUAAGUAGGAAGUUUCCUUAUUUUUGUUCAAAACUAAAUGGGAUAAUUUAAUGAACAAUGAGUCAUAGAGUAUUGUUACAUGUUACUGCAACUUUGAGCAUCAGACAGAGCAUGGAGCUAAUGAUAAACUAUGCUUUGCAGUACUUGAUCGAAUCUGCAACUGUGAGGUUAUCAUUACUUAAAAACAUCAUACAUGCACAUAUACUGUAGUUUCUCUUCAAACUAUAUGCACUAUAUUUAUACCAUUUUUGCUGCUCAACAUUUGUUUUAUCUAAUCGAAAGUAUUCUUUGAAGACUUUUGGUUCCAAUGUUGAAACUAAAAAUAAUAAAAAGUGAUAUAUUUUUCUAGAUAAUAUUGUACUUUUCUGGAAAGCCAGAAAAUACUGAUACUAUUCAUUUUGAAUGUUUAACUUAAUAUUGUGCAAAUACAGUACUGUUCAAAGAGUUAAUUGAAGUAUUUUAGUGCUGAUACUAAAGAGUCAAACUGGUUGAUGUAAGCAACUUCACUAUUCCAUCAGGUAAUUGCAUAAUAACUCAGUUAAUUUGUAUAGCUCAUUAACAUAUAAUAAACUGAAAUGUCUGAAAGUAGCAAAAUUCACAUCAAGGUUUUAUGUAUCAUGACAGGUUCUCCUUUUGUUCUGUACUUUAGACCAUUCAACAGUGUUUAUCGGUAAGAAAAUAUAUUAU